GAUCCUCACAAUUUUUCACUUUUUAGAGCGAGUUCCAGGGAAAAAGAUUUGAGUCCAGUUUAUUCUGCUGAAAUGAUCAUGAACGCAACUUUGCCGAGUAACGUUAAACCAUCAAACGCGCCAGAGAAUGCGAUCGAAGUGUACCAAGAACCCUCCGGGUUGAGAAUUUUCCGUUUAUCGCUCUUUUCGAUGGUGAUCUUCACAAGCCUCGUGGGAAACUUUAUUAUUUGUAAAGCAGUGUGGAAAAUUACUCGUCGUAAGCCUUUUUCGUACUAUUUGGUGGCCAAUUUAGCUGUAGCUGAACUAAUCAACUCACUGUGUCAGGCGUUUAUCCUAGUUUACAUGGAGAAAGGAAGCUGGAUUUUUGGCGAGGCGAUGUGCAUCUUAGUCAACCCUCUCCUGGUGCUGAGCAUGUUUGUGAUUACAAAUUCUCUUGCCGUAAUCGCCGUAUAUAGCUACAGAGUCACGCUCGAAAGAAGAAGACCGAAAGCUUUAAUAAUCGCUGGCAUUAUCAUCGGAUUAUGGAUCAUGGCUUUGGUAAUUACGCUGCCACUUUUUAUUACCCGCAAACUCGAUAAAAUAUCUGAAGAUCAUUUCAGAUGUGCGUCAUAUUUUCCUGGAGACUCUACCGCGAAUUAUAACAGAUACACAAUUGUUCGCCUCCUGUUCACUUUUGCUGUUCCUUACUUUGUCAUACCAUCAGCUUAUUUGGCACUGGCCAUCAAGUUGAAGUUAUAUGUCCACAGAAUCGACAAAGAAGAAGACGAUACAGCAAAUAUAGGUUUAUCAGCUAUUAAGACAUUAAACGGUGCAGCUAAGCCUUGGGGAGUGGACAUAGUUGAUAAACGGCUUGAUAACAACACGGUAGGGCCAGAAGAAAGGGAACAGAACUUACAAAACCGACGGAGAAAUGGUAAGGUGAUCAUCGAUACAGCUGAAAACCAUUUGACGAAAAUGGUUUUUGUAAUAAUUUUGAUAUUUUUGGCAUGUUACUUACCUUAUCAAGGCUACUUUCUCUGGGAAUACUUUGGAAAAUUCAAUAAUUGGCAAUUCUAUUAUCAAAAGCUUUUGCUUGAUUAUCUUUUUGUACUAAAAUGUUUACCGAGCGCUUUGCACCCGAUAUGCUGGUAUGCGACUAUGAAUAGCAUUUUCACCAGAGCUUUUCCUAAGGUUGUGGCAUGUCCAUGUUCUUUCAAGCCGUAAGCGCAGAAAGAAGGCGACGAGAACGUUUUCAUGAGGAAAGGUAAUCAGGCAGAACCAUGGUUCUGCCCGCGCUUUUAAAUAUCAGGGAGUGAGCAUUUGAGCCAAACAUCGAUUGGUUCUAUAUUUCUUAUGAAUUUUGCGAUUCAGAUCAUUUUUCUACCUCCAGUGCCCUCCCAACACAACACGCAAACGAAGCAUCGAGUUCGAAAUUACAAACGGAAAUAAUUUGCCAUCAAGGCUCCUGCUCUUAGACUGUGCAAAGUUUGACGAUUGAUACGCUUAUUUUUUUUGUCGAGGACGAAGAAAAAUAGUUUUAAAACUUACGUGAAGAGUUAUUGUUCUGCUCGUAAACCUUUUAAAUUCACCACUUUUACGUUGUCAAAAGCGUCACCUUAGUGACUGCUCUUAACACCAGGUGCAACGAGCUCCUAAAUUUCUCAUGGAGAAUAGAGUCAAGCAAUUGGAAUCGCUCUUACAUCUUUGGCCAGUUUAGUUAACGUGCACCGACGAACAUUUCGAAUAAAAUUUUAAAGUAAAAGUAAGCGAUCUAACGAUAGAAAAACUUUUAUAAUUGUGGUGUCCUCAUAAUAUGUCAGUUAUCAAAACAAUCGGUUUAGUAAAUUUAGUGAGGUUUGGCCUUCGGACGCCAGUUUGAAUAUAUUAUCGUGCCCUCAAUAACAUGUCACGUGAACGUGAAUCUGAGUAGCGAUUGGCUUCUGUUUUGUUUUGGUCCGGGUUAGCAAAUUUGAUAACGAUUCCAAAAUGAUAAUCAAGUUUAAAGAUACAACGUCGUUAAAUGUCACGCAUAUAAUUGGAGCACAAAAAUAGCAUAAAUACAGGCGAGAGAUGUUAAUGUAAAAAAUGCAAUAAAAAAUUUUCAAAAGCUUAAAAAGUGCAUUAGAGUCGUAAAGUUUUUUGUUAGUACUUUAGUUUGCAUUAGGUCCGAUCUAAUAUUUCAAGUGCUGGGUUUGAAUUUCCCACUGGAAAAAAAAAAAUCGGGAAUUAUUGAGCGAUCAAAAAUAUUCCUACAUGUCUUUAAAAUCAACAAAUUGUCAGGUACGAAAGAUUAUCAUUUUCAGCAACAUAUUUUAUGCUUUCCCGAUGGACCCUACUAAUAAUGAAUCAGACUUGCUAAUUUCUAAAGAUCACAUCAAAAGUUUGAAAAAAGGAAACUUUAUUUUUCAUGGUUGGUGGUUUCUCAUCAUAAUAUUUAAUGUCGGGCUGACAAAGAUCUUCCAAAGAUCUUACAGGUACAUUCACACAGAGUUGGCUGAGAGUUCAAUGAUCUGUAAUAUAUGAGCAGAUGUCUCAAUGAAAGUCGGUUACCUCUAUCCGCCAUGCAUCUUGUUAUUGUACCUUAAGAGCCGGCCCCUUGGAGAAAGGGGCCCCCUUUCGGGCACAGCCACUUGUAACACCAUCAGCAACCGCUUAACUCUUUACACCCUAAUAUCAGUAUAGAUAUUCUCCAUAAUGUUCUCUACAUUUCCUAAGGUGCUGACAAGGAGAAUUUGUGUAACAAUCAAAAGCUCCUGUAGAUGUUGAUCAUUCCCAUUAUUCUCGCGACCUUAAUCUGUGUUUCGGGAAGGGGGGGGGGAAUAUUGUAAGGAGAAAUUAGAUGCUGGUCACCCUUAGGAGUUAAAGGUUAGAUGGAAAACAGUUAUCGAAACCUCUUUAAAUGACAGGAAAGGUUUUCGAAUCUUUUGAAACAGACCUUCGUGGGUAGGGGUGUCAAAGCAGUUGUUAGGCAGUGGAAAGUCAGCGUAGCUCGGAUGAGGUAGAUUUGUGAAAUGAUUGAGCUUAGAAUAAUUACAUCACAACCAUCCGGAAACUUAUAUGGCUGACCAAAGUGAUAAAAGAUGAUAUAUAGACCAGUGAGGUAUUUGCCAGUGUGAUACUGAGAGCAAUUUUCAAAUCUAAGGUGGACACGUUAGUGACUUUACUAAACAGAGCCUCUCUAUGAACAUUAUAUGAAAGGAGAUUACAAAGCAUAGCUACACUCAUUUUUAAAGUUAAAAACGGAUUAAUGCCACUGUAUAUUACAGAAAUAUUCCGGUCUACCUAUAAAGGCUAUGAGCUCAGAAACGCUGAUUUUAAUAUCCCGCGGGUUAGAACGUCCCGUUUCGGCAAACACUCACUUCGUUACUUCGGGCCGUACUCAUGGAGGAAGUUAAGCUUCAGUGAUCGGGAGAAAACAUCUUUAAAUGAUUUUAAACAAAGAAUAAAGAAACGAAACCCGACCGAAUUGUUAAAAGACACCUGCGUGGACUGUGAAAUCUGCUCAUAAAAUUAGCAUUAUGUACAAUUUUUUUAGCCAUCUAAAAGUAUUAUUAGCAUGUAAAUAAGGCUCUAGUUCUACAUUUGAAAUUUUACUCUAAAUGUGUAAAUAACUAGUAUAUUUAUAUUUAAACUUCUUUAGGUUAAGUAACUAAGUAGU